AUGGAAGCCACCGACUCGAGGCUGGACGUGGCGGCAGUUGGGGACUUGGUGCUGCUGGACCCUCUGACCGAGGAGUCGCUGCUGCAGACGCUGCAGGAACGCUUCCGCCGCGGGGACAUCUAUACCUACAUCGGGAACGUGGUGAUCUCGGUGAACCCCUACCGCUCGCUGCCCAUCUACGGCCCCGAGGCGGUGCAGGAGUACCACAACUGCAACUUCUUCGCUGUGAAGCCUCACAUCUAUGCCAUCGCUGACGAUGCCUACCGCUCGCUGCGGGACCGGGACAGGGACCAGUGCAUCCUCAUCACUGGCGAGAGUGGGGCUGGCAAGACAGAGGCCAGCAAGCUGGUGAUGUCCUACGUGGCAGCUGUGUGCAGCAAAGGAGAGGAGGUGGACAAGGUGAAGGAGCAGCUCCUGCAGUCCAACCCCGUGCUGGAGGCCUUUGGAAAUGCCAAAACUGUCCGGAAUGACAACUCCUCCAGAUUUGGCAAGUACAUGGAUGUGGAGUUCGACUUCAAAGGGGAGCCCCUGGGAGGGGUCAUCAACAACUACCUGCUGGAGAAGUCUCGCAUCGUGCAGCACGUGAGGGGCGAGAGGAACUUCCACAUCUUCUACCAGCUCCUGGCUGGGGGCUCGGCGCAGCUGCUCCAGCAGCUGAAACUCCGCCAGGACUGCAGGCACUAUGCCUACCUAAACCAGGAGGCCUCCGAUGUGCCAGGCAUGGACGACGCAGCCAACUUCCAUGCCAUGCAGGAUGCCAUGAGGGUCAUUGGCUUCUCACCUGACGAGGUGACAGCACUGCUGGAGGUGGCAGCCGUGGUGCUCAAAUUGGGCAACGUGCAGCUGAGCAGCAGCUACCAGGCCAAUGGAAUGGAGGCCUGCAGCAUUGCAGAGCCACAGGAGCUGCAGGAGAUCUGCAGCCUGAUCGGGCUGGACCCCAGCGUGCUGGAGCAGGCACUGUGCUCCCGCACCGUGAGGGCACGGAACGAGACAGUGCUCACCACCCUCAGUGUCCCCCAGGGCUAUUACGGCCGGGACGCGCUGGCCAAGAACAUCUACAGUCGCCUCUUCGACUGGCUGGUGAACCGCAUCAAUGCCAGCAUCCAGGUGAAGCCAGGCAAGCAGAGGAAGGUAAUGGGUGUCCUGGACAUCUACGGGUUUGAGAUCUUCCAGGACAAUGGCUUUGAGCAGUUCAUCAUCAACUACUGCAAUGAGAAGCUGCAGCAGAUCUUCAUCCUGAUGACCCUGAAGGAGGAGCAGGAGGAAUAUGUCCGGGAGGGUAUCCCGUGGACCCCAGUGGAAUUUUUUGACAACAGCAUCAUCUGUGACCUGAUCGAGAACAGCAAGGGCGGGAUCCUGGCCAUGCUGGACGAGGAGUGCCUGCGCCCCGGCGUGGUCAACGAGGACACUUUCCUCAGCAAGCUGAACCAGCUCUUCGCCAGCCACAAGCACUACGAGAGCAGGGAGACGCAGAACGCCCGGCGGGUCAUGGAUGCCAGCCUGCUGCCACACUGCUUCCGCAUCCACCACUACGCUGGCAAGGUGACCUACAACGUGAGGGGGUUCAUCGAGAAGAACAACGACCUGCUCUUCCGUGACCUCUCGCAGGCCAUGUGGGCUGCCCAGCACACCCUGCUGCGCUCCCUCUUCCCCGAGGGGGACCCCCGGAAGGUCUCCCUCAAGCUGCCCCCCACAGCUGGCUUCCAGUUCAAGGCCUCGGUGGCCAUGCUCAUGAAGAACCUCUACUCCAAAAACCCCAACUAUAUCAGGUGCAUCAAACCCAACGAGAGCAAGGCGCCGAUGCUCUUCACGCCGGAGCUGGUGCUGGCGCAGGUGCGGUACCUGGGCCUGAUGGAGAACGUCCGGGUGCGGCGUGCAGGCUACGCCUUCCGCCAGCUCUACAGCUCCUUCCUGGACCGCUACAAGAUGCUCAGCCCCCGGACCUGGCCUCGCUGGACCGGGAGUGACAGGGAGGGGACCGAGGUGCUGCUGGCGGAGCUGGGGUACGCCCCUGAGGAGCUGGCGUUUGGUCACACCAAGAUCUUCAUCCGCUCGCCACGCACGCUCUUCGACCUGGAGAAGCAGCGCCAGGACCGCGUGGUGCAGCUGGCGACCCUCAUCCAGAAGAUGUUCCGCGGGUGGCGGUGCCGCACCCAGUACCAGCUGAUGCGCAAGAGCCAGAUCCUCAUCUCCGCCUGGUUCCGGGGCCACAGGCAAAAGAACAAGUACCAGCAGACCAAGCGCUCGGCGCUGAUCCUGCAGGCGUAUGUGCGGGGCUGGAAGUCCCGCCGGCUCCUCCGGGAGCUGAAGGCACAGCGUCGCCGCCAGGCAGCCGCUAGCACCAUCGCCGCUUACUGGAGAGGGUAUCAGACCCGCAGGCAGUACAGGAGGUUCUUCCGCUCCGGGGCCAGCGCCUGCCUGGCCAACUUCAUCUACCAGCGGCUGGUGCAGAAGUUCCUGGUGGAGCUGCAGAAAAACCUCCCACCCCUGUCAGUACUGGACCAGACCUGGCCCCCUGCACCAUACAAGUUCUUGGCUGAGGCCAACCAGGAGCUGAGGAACAUCUUCUACCGCUGGAAGUGCAAGCAGUACCGGGAGCAGCUCUCGCCGGAGCGCCGUGCCCUGCUGCAAGCCAAGCUCUGCGCCAGCGAGCUCUUCAAGGACAAGAAGUCCCUCUACACCAAAAGCCUGCAGCAGCCCUUCCAGGGUGAGUACCUGGGGCUGACACAGAACCCCAAGUACCAGAAGCUUCACGCCGUGGCCAAGGACAAGCUGGUGAUGGCUGACACCGUGAGGAAGGUGAACAGAGCCAGCGGCAAGACUGUGCCACGCCUGCUGCUGCUCACCACCGAGCACCUGGUCCUGGCUGACCCCAAGGCUGCCCAGCCCAAGACUGUGCUCAGCCUGAGCGACAUCCGCAGCGUCUCUGUCACUCGCUUCUCUGAUGGCUUCUUGGUGCUGCACCUCAAGGAGACCUCCACAGGCGGGGGCAAGGGGGACUUCUUGCUCGUUAGUGACCACCUCAUUGAGCUCAUCACACGCCUGCACCAGACCCUCCUGGAUGCCACCUCUCAGGGCCUGUCCCUGCACAUCACUGACCAGUUCUCCACCCGCUUCCAGAAGGGUGACAUGGCUGUCACUGUGGUGGAGUCGGCCAAGGCAGGUACCGAUGCCCCUGUCUGCAAGAAGCGAGGCAGCCACAAGAUGGAGAUCCUGGUCCACUGA